AUGGGCAAAGGGACGUGCCUCCUCGGACCCAGCGGCCUUGGGAGCUCGGCCCCUCGGGAUCUGGGGUCCAGGCCUGUCCCCAGAUUGGCCCUGGGGCUUCGUCCUUCUCGGGAGGGGCAGAACCCGGGGAAACGGGGCCUGGCUGCCGGAGCGGCCUCCGCUAGGGGGCUACGGCGGGAGGAUUCCCGGGGGGCGUCGCCUGCUUCCGCCGCCGCCUCCUUCAGUGAAAGUCCCUUUUGGGUCCAGCUGUCACAGCCGCCGCGCUCCCUCAGGCCGGGCGGGGGACACCCCAGGUCUGCGUGGCCCCCGCGCCGCCACGCCCAGUGGCCGCCCGAGCCCUGCGAGCAGGGGGAGGAGCCGCCGCCAGUGGAGGCGGAGGAGGUAGAGGAGGCGGAGACGGCGGAGACGGCGGAGAAGGCGGAGAGGAAGGUGGAGGCGGAGGCGAAGGUGGAGGGGAAGGUGGAGGCGGCGGGGAAGGUGGAGGCGGCGGGGAAGGUGGACGCCGCCGGGAAGGUGGAGACCGCGGAGGGUCCGGGCCGCCGGCUUGAGCUCAAGCUGGAGCCCGAACCCGAGCCGGUACUGGAGGCGGAGCAGGAGCCGAAGCGGGAGCCGAAGCAGGAGCUGGAGGAUGAGAACCCAGCGCGGAGCGGCGGUGGCGGCAGCAGCGACGAGGUUCCUCCCCCCACCCUUCCCUCCGACCCCCCACGGGCCCCCGAUCCCUCUCCGCGGCGCAGUCGUGCCCCCCGCCGCCGACCCCGGCCACGACCACAGACCCGGCUCCGUACCCCGCCGCAGCCUAGGCCACGGCCCCCGCCCCGGCCCCGGCCCCGGCGCGGCCCUGGGGGCGGAUGCCUGGAUGUGGAUUUCGCUGUGGGUCCACCAGGCUGUUCCCACGUGAACAGCUUUAAGGUGGGAGAGAACUGGAGGCAGGAACUGCGGGUGAUCUACCAGUGCUUCGUGUGGUGUGGAACCCCAGAGACCAGGAAAAGCAAGGCAAAGUCGUGCAUCUGCCAUGUGUGUGGCACCCAUUUGAACAGACUUCACUCUUGCCUUUCCUGUGUCUUCUUUGGCUGCUUCACAGAGAAACACAUUCACGAGCACGCUGAGACGAAGCAGCACAACUUAGCCGUAGACCUUUAUUAUGGAGGUAUAUACUGCUUUAUGUGUAAGGACUAUGUAUAUGACAAAGACAUUGAGCAAAUUGCCAAAGAAGAGCAAGGAGAGGCUUUGAAAUUACAAGCCUCCACCUCAACUGAGGUUUCUCACCAGCAGUGUUCAGUGCCGGGACUCGGGGAGAAGUACCCGACCUGGGAGACAACCAAACCCGAGUUAGAACUGCUGGGACACAACCCAAGGAGGAGAAGAAUCACAUCGAGCUUCACCAUCGGCUUAAGAGGACUGAUCAAUCUCGGCAACACGUGCUUUAUGAACUGCAUCGUCCAGGCCCUCACCCACACGCCCAUCCUGAGAGAUUUCUUCCUCUCUGACCGGCACAGAUGUGAAAUGCCAAGCCCUGAGUUGUGUCUGGUCUGUGAGAUGUCGUCGCUUUUUCGGGAGCUGUACUCUGGAAACCCGUCUCCUCACGUUCCUUACAAGUUGCUGCACCUGGUAUGGAUACACGCCCGUCACUUAGCAGGAUACAGGCAACAGGAUGCCCACGAGUUCCUCAUUGCGGCCUUAGAUGUCCUGCACAGGCACUGCAAAGGGGAUGAUGCUGGGAAGGCCGCCAACAAUCCCAACCACUGUAACUGCAUCAUAGACCAAAUCUUCACAGGUGGCCUGCAGUCCGAUGUCACCUGUCAAGCCUGCCAUGGCGUCUCCACCACCAUAGACCCAUGCUGGGACAUCAGUUUGGACUUGCCUGGCUCUUGCACCUCCUUCUGGCCCAUGAGCCCAGGGAGGGAGAGCAGUGUGAACGGGGAAAGCCACCUGCCAGGAAUCACCACCCUCACGGACUGCCUGCGAAGGUUUACGAGGCCAGAGCACUUGGGAAGUAGUGCCAAAAUCAAGUGUGGUAGUUGCCAAAGCUACCAGGAAUCUACCAAACAGCUCACCAUGAAUAAGUUACCUGUUGUUGCCUGUUUUCAUUUCAAACGGUUUGAACACUCAGCCAAGCAGAGGCGCAAGAUCACUACCUACAUAUCCUUCCCUCUGGAGCUGGAUAUGACACCAUUCAUGGCCUCGAGUAAAGAGAGCAGGAUGAAUGGACAGUUGCAGCUGCCAACCAAUAGUGCAAACGAUGAGAAUAAGUAUUCCUUGUUUGCUGUGGUUAAUCACCAAGGAACCUUGGAGAGUGGCCACUACACCAGCUUCAUCCGGCACCACAAGGACCAGUGGUUCAAGUGUGAUGAUGCCGUCAUCACCAAGGCCAGUAUCAAGGACGUUCUGGACAGUGAAGGGUAUUUACUGUUCUAUCACAAACAGGUCCUGGAACAUGAGUCAGAAAAAGUGAAAGAAAUGAGUACACAAGCCUACUGAAGCGAUACGCAGACCUACCCGUCAUGGGAGAUGGCAACACCCGUCCGACAACUGGCAUCGAGAUUUAAAGGACCUACUUGUGUGGCCCAUGGGCCCGACAGAGUAAGAAUUGAACAGUACCCAGUGUCUGAGAGGUCCUGGUUGGAAGAGAAAUAGACGGGGCGGGAGAAGAGGCUCUAGUCUAAGCAGUCCCUUGAAGGAAAAUUCAAGAGCAGGAAUGCUCUAGGCAGGGAAGGCAGGAGCAGGGAAAUCCCGACACUGGUACAUAUCCUAUAUUCCUCCAAAAGAUUGUGUGGGAAAGUGUGGGGUGGGAGGGGGGUGGUGUGGGGGGGGUGUGUGCCCUUGUAACCGUAAAACAUCUUUCUCCAUGGGUGUUUCAGCUUCAACUGACCAAUCACAUAACAGUUAUAUGUUCGGCAAUGGGGGUGUGGGUGGAAAGAAAAGUAUACAAAUGCAGCCCAUGACAUGUAUGGGUAUGAAAGCGGAAAAGUGGAGGAGGCAAGGAUAUCUCAUUGACAAACACCUUUGCCAGUUUCUUUGUAUUCGUGAUUUUUUGUGCUAUUAAAUGCAGUAUUAAAAAAAAAAAAAAGAAAAGCCCGUGGGGCUAGUGAAAGAAGAAGAAAGAAGGGGGCUUGUAUAAGGGGAGCGAUUGCUCCAAAAGUAGAGAAGACAAAAAAAAAAAAAUCCUGUAAGAUAAGCGACCAGCACAGACAGGCCUCAGCUAAGAGUAUAGUGUGUGAGUGUUAAAAAAAAAAAAAGCUGUAUGAUAUACUUGAGCAAAUCAAUGAACCUCUUUGCGAUUGUUUUCU